AGUGAAGCCGCCGCAAUGAUAACCAACAAUAAUUUGGAUUAUGAGCAGACCAGCAGCAGCAGCAGUGGCAGCAGUGGCCGGACGAGCAACGGGGGAGCAUCGACAGCCACCAGAACAGCAGCAUCACUCGUAGCAUCAGUGGUGGCAGCGGCAACAACCACAAUGACAACAGGCAACAAUCGGAAUGGCAGCACCAGCAGCAGCAGCAACUCCUCCCCCACGGCCGACCAUUCCAAUUCCAACUCAAAUUCGAAUUCAAAUUCAAAUUCGAAUUCCCACUCCAAUUCAAACUCUUAUUUCAAUCGGUUCGACAAUCGCAUUGCCGCCAAUUUGGCUGCUGUGCUGACGGGUGCUGGGGCCCGCUUCAGGUCCUCCUCCUGCAGCAAUCGCCAGCAGCAGCAGCAGGCCAACAGCAACACUCCACGCUCCCCGAUGCAUGUCUCGACCAUUAGCAGAGGUAAGCACGGUCUCGGACUGGCCACUCCCCCAUCGCCAGUCACUCUGGGACGUCGCCGGCCACUGCAGCUCUUCACGCACGCCAAUCUCAACUGCAAUGACAACGAGAAGGUGGCCCAAACGCCCAGCUCCGAUGAGGACAACUCACCCACAGAGCUGAACAAUUGCAAGCGGCUGACGGACAAGCCUCCACUGGUCAAACGCUUAACCAUGGGUCUGCUGCGUCACAACGAGGAGUCACGCCCACUGGUGGGCAACAUGACGCCCCUGAGGGCUCCACUGGACAGCCAGCCGGUCUACUCGAAUGGCUACAUCAACGAGGACUCCUACAUCGACAGCAAGUUCGGUGACUCGUGCCGGCAGUCCCUCACAGCCAUCCCGAUGCUGGACAAUGUCAAUCUGAACGACAACAACGAGUUCAACCUGAAGAAGCGAUAUCUGCGAGAGACGAGCAGCGCCAACUCCAGUCCAAAGAUAUUUGCGAAUCGCCUGCGAAUGAACCAGGGCGGUGCCAGUGCCCAGCGGAGCAGCAGCCUGGCCAACACACACAGCAAUGUGGGCGCCGACGAGGAGGAGGAGCUGGACCUCAAGGACGCCUGCUGGUAUCAGGCGGGCAUUUCCCGCGACAUUGCCGUGGAGGUGCUGCAGAGCAAGAGUCCGGGCGCUUUCCUCGUGCGCAAGAGCAGCUCCAAGCCCGGUUGCUAUGCCCUGACACUGCGUGUGCCAUCGCCUCCUGGCCCGAAGAUAGCCAACUAUAUCAUUCUCAGAUCCCCCAGGGGCUACAAAAUUAAGGGCUUUCGCAAGGAAUUCUCCAGCCUAAAGGCAUUGAUCACUCAUCAUUCGGUGAUGCCGGAGCUGCUGCCCCGUGACCGUGUGAUGCCCGUCCAGGAUAGCAUCGAGGGUCGCAUCACCGGAGGAAGCACCGCCUCAGUCGGCCAGUUCCCCUACCAGGUGGGACUAUCCCUCAAGCUGAGCGCUCUCUCCAGCGCCUGGUGCGGUGGCUCUUUGAUCGGCAACCAGUGGGUGCUCACCGCCGCUCACUGUACCGAUGGUGUUCAGUCCGUGACUGUCUAUCUUGGUGCCACCGUUCGUACCUCUGCUGAGGUUACCCACACCGUUACCAACAGCCAGAUCCUCAUCCACUCCGGCUGGAACAGCGCCAACCUGCGCAACGACAUCUCCCUGAUCAAGAUCCCCGUGACCUCGUACAGCACCAAGAUCCAGGCUGCCAGGCUCCCAUCCAUUGCCAACUCCUACUCCACCUAUGCCGGUGAUUCCGUGAUCGCCUCCGGCUGGGGCAAAAUUUCCGAUUCUGCCUCCGGCGUUACCAACAACCUGCAGUGGGCCAAGAUGCAGGUCAUCACCAACACCGUGUGCGCUAACACCUACGGCACCUCCAUUGUCACCGCCUCCAACAUCUGCGUGAGCACCCCCGGCGGUGUGUCCACCUGCAACGGUGACUCCGGCGGCCCAUUGGUCCUCGAGUCCUCCAAGGUCCAGGUUGGUCUUACCUCCUUCGGCGCUGCUGCCGGCUGCCAGAAGGGCUACCCCGCUGCCUUCACCCGCUUGACCAGCUACUUGGACUGGAUCAAGAGCAACACUGGCAUCUCCUACUAAGCAGAGCUGCGGCACUUUCUUUCUUUCUUUCCAAAAAAUAAAUAACGA